UUCACUCAUAUUUAUCAUCUGUAAAUAUAUUUUGUGGUGACGUAGUUAUUUAUCAUUUGGUGGAUUAUUUUUUUGUGAUUAGAUAUUUCAAAUUUGCUUGCAUUCAAGUUUUAUCGGCUGUUCAUCAUAUCCCAGGAAACCAUUUUUCUUCUAUUCGUUAUUAUUAUUCACCAAGCAGAUUACUGUCAAGCAAUACGACAAAAAUGGCUUCAUUGAACAAAGAAGAAACUGCUCGAUACAGUCGUCAAAUGUUAUGUCCAGAAAUUGGAAAAAAGGGUCAACUUCGUUUGAAGUCUAGCUCCGUUCUUGUUGUUGGUGCCGGUGGUCUUGGUUGUCCAUCAUCGUUAUAUUUGACUGCAGCUGGUAUAGGCCGAUUAGGAUUAAUCGACAGCGAUGUUGUUGAUACUAGUAAUUUACAUCGACAAACAUUACAUUCGGAAGCUACAAUUGGACAACCUAAAACAGAUUCAGCUGUGGAUCGUCUUCGACAAUUGAAUUCAAAUGUCGAAUUUGAAAAACAUCAAGUUCGAUUAUCGGCCGAAAAUGCAAUGAACAUUAUCAAAAAUUAUGAUAUUGUCAUUGACGGUACUGAUAAUCCAAUGGCUCGCUAUCUUUUGAGUGAUGUCUGCGUUCUUCUCAAAAAACCAAUGGUCAGCGGUUCGGCUUUACAAUGGGAAGGUCAAUUAACUGUCUACAAUUACGAUGAAGACACUCCUUGUUACAGAUGCCUUUUUCCUAAACCACCAGCACCAGGAACUGUGACCAAUUGUGCUGAUGGCGGCGUCAUUGGUGUCGUACCUGGAAUUAUUGGUAAUAUUCAAGCAUUGGAAGCUAUCAAAAUAGCUGCGGGAUUGAAACCUUCAUAUGCUGGAACAUUGUUGCUUUUCGAUGGUCUUACCGGUCAAUUUCGUAAAGUCGAACUUCGAAAACGAAAAGAUGAUUGCGUAAGCUGCGGAAAUAAUCCGACUAUCACUAAAGAACUGAUCGAUUAUGAUGCAUUUUGUGGAAUCAAAUGCGAUUCAGCUCAACAAUUGAAAAUUCUUGAACCAGAAGAACGAGUGACGGUUGAAGAAUAUAAACAGGUUCUUGACUCAAACGAACCACAUUUAUUGAUUGAUGUUCGUCCUCAAUUGCAGCAAGAUAUAGUUAAAUUGGACAACGCAAUUUCUAUUCCGCUUGGCCAGAUAGUUAAAGGGGACGGAAUCGAUAAAAUCACUACAUUGAUUGGCGAAAAAUUGGAUCAAACUUCAGAUGUAAAAAAGAAAAUCUUUUUUAUGUGUCGACGAGGCAAUGCAUCUCAAAAGGCUGUCCGUGAAUUGAAAAAUCGGCUUGGCACCAAAAUUGAAGAUGAUAAUCUUGAAAUCAAAGAUGUCAUCGGAGGUAUUAGCAAAUGGGGUGAAAAGAUUGAUCCAGAAAUGCCAAUGUAUUAAUGGAUUUAUUCAAUCGACCAAAACAAAUUCCGUCCAAAAAAAUCUUUCUCUCCAGAAAAUUAUUAAUUAUCCAAAAGAUGGCAUCACAUUCUGCUGCUACCGAAAAAGUUCAUAUGAUUUCGUUUUUUUUUUUUUUAUUAGUAUUUGCACUGUAAUACUCUUAUUAUUAACAUUGUGAGUGCGUUUUAUGAUUAUGAUGAAACAUGCACCCUAAUGAUGACGGUUUCACAUUUGUCACAAGUUUAUUUUUAUUCUUUUGUUGUUAAAUCAAUAAUGAUGAUUAAAUUACCCUCAACGAUUUUCCUUCA